CAGAUGCCAAGUAGCUGCACAAGCUGUACUUCCCUCACAUGGAUACCGGACCACGCAAUCAUGUACCCGUGUUGUUUCCCCAGGGGGCUGAUAUCCUGUCACCCGAAUGGGCCGAAUGGGCCUCUUUCAGUUCUCUACAACACCGCCACUUAGACUGGCGUGCACUCUUCCUUUCGUCUUGAAGCCAAGAUGCGCGUCGCCGUCAUUGGGGCCGGUCCUUCGGGACUAGUGACACUGAAAUACCUCAUCACGGCACACCAAUUCCUCGGGACAAAGCCGAUCGAAGCUCGCCUCUUCGAGACCGAGGCCGGGGUUGGUGGCACGUUCCUUGCCAGGACGUAUGAGGACGCAGAGCUCGUCUCUUCCACCCAGCUCACCACCUUCUCCGACUUCAGGCCGAGGAAGGAUGACCCCGACUUCCUGAGCGCCUCGCGCUAUAUCGAGUACCUGAAUGACUAUUGCACACGCUUUAACCUGUGGCCACGCAUUCACCUCUUGACCACAGUUCGGUCUGUGUCACGGCGCCCAGGGGGUGGCCACUUGGUCGCGUACCAGGCUAGGGGCGCCCCUGAGCCGCUGACAUGGGAGUGCGACGCCAUUGCCGUUUGCUCCGGCCUCCAUGUGGUGCCCAACAUCCCCAAGAUUGAGGGGAUCGAGAGGGUCCCUGUCGUUUUCCACUCGUCGGCCUUCAAGGAGCGAGCGCAGUUUGGCAUUAACAAGACGGUCCUCGUACUUGGCAGCGGAGAGACUGGGGCCGAUCUAGGCUAUCUUGCCGUUACUUCACCGACGAAGAGGGUGGUUUGGUGCCAUCGAAACGGCUUCCACAUCGCCCCCAAGAGAAAUCCAACGCCGACCAUCCUCCCGAUUCUUGGCCGAAAGCCAAAGCCCCGUCGCACUCUGCCAGUCCCCGUCGACUGCAGCCGGGCGAGCCUGUUUGACACGGCAUAUGUCCAUCCCUGGCUGCGGAACCACUCAGCCCUCUGGACCUACUACGACUUCUAUGUCAAGGCCAUCUUGUGGACGACGACCGGGACGACCCACGGGUUGGACCAGUGGGUGGGCGGCAUCACGCCCGGGCGGGAGCACGCGUCCAAAAUCUUCUUCAACAAGUCCGGCAACAUAGGCCCCUACGUCAGCUACCCUUAUCGACCCGAGAAGAAGUCCCUCCUCGAGACAAUCCGGUCGGCUCUCAUCACCAUCCCUGUCGUGGACACCCACGGCCGCAAGAUCGACCUAGCCCCCUGGCCCGAGCGCAUCGACGCUGACGGUGUGGUCCACUUUCGCGACAACGGCCGGCCCGAGUACGAGCGCAUGAGGCGCGAGACGGUCCGUCCGGAUGUCGUCGUCCUCUGCACGGGGUACAAGCAGGUGUUCCCGUUCUUCGACCAUGACAGCAACAACAACGACAACAAGAACGCCACCCGCAACGGCACCAAAUCAGCACCCUCCCCCCCGCCCCGCCCCUACCCGACCGCCUCCGACGCCGACGUCCGCAACAUCUGGCGCCGCGACGACCCGACCGUCGCCUUCAUGGGCUUCGUGCGGCCGUCCCUAGGCGCCAUCCCACCCCUGUCGGAGAUGCAGGCGCAGCUCUGGGUGCUGCACCUCGUGGCGACCCUGGACCCGACGAUCGACCCGUCGCUGCGCCCGCCCCGGCCGCUCCUCCCCCGCGACGAGCCGCACUACCGGCUCCUGCACGCGCCCGGGUCGCGCGUCGGCUACGGCGUCGACCACGAGAGCUACGCGUACCAGCUCGCGCUGGACAUGGACUCAGCGGCCGGGUUCGCCGAGGUCGUCCGUCUCGGCUGGGCGGCGGCCGGGGGGUUGCGGUCGGGCCACGGCGCGUGGAGGCUGCCGGUCGUGUGGGCGCUGGGGGCGAACUUCAACGCAAAAUUUAGGCUGCGCGGGCCGUGGAGGUGGGAUGGUGCUGUGGAUGUGCUGGUUGAUGAGCUGUGGUUGACUGUGGCGAGGCGGGGGGUGUUCUUUGGACACAUUACCCUGUCUGCACUGCCAAUGAUCAUCUUCGGUCCGAUCAGCUUGGCCGUCUUUGUCUAUGCCACCAUACUCGACCUGUUCAGCUCUGUAGUCGGGAAACCGACGGUCAAUAAGGCGAAGAUCGUCAACGGUAUCAAGUAGGCCUCAUCCGGCGUGAGCUGAGCAAAGGGUUGCCAUCUUGAUAGGUUUCUACCCUGGGCACAUAAUCGGGGUGAGAGCGUAGAGAGGCAGGAGGGCUGGAGACUCAGGGCCAUUAUUGGCAUUUCCACUCUUUGAAAAGGCACAAUAACCAUAUCUCAGUGCGGGCGUUGUCAGGGGAGGCCAUCUCAAAUGCUGCUAAAUGACCAGUUUUAAUACCCAAAUUGAGGUCCUUGCAUC